AUGGAUCCUCCAGCAAGGUACCCACUCCAUGCACUGGCUGCUGAGGCUAUGGCCACAGUCAGCAUGACUGGUGACUUAGUGAUGCCAUGGGAUAUCGCGCCCUUCAGAGACAUUUUCGGGAGCCCAUCGCCUGUGCUUCCGCGGAUGGUUGUGACCUCGAAUGAACUUGAUCUUGCUCGGGUACCUGCUGUGGACGCGCAAGCACGUGGGCCUGAAUUUCCAGUCCAUCAAGCUGUCUACAUGUCGGUUUCCAGGCUGAUGGUUUUCUCGGCAAAGAGAUGUACACCUGAGGAUAGACGUGAAUUGGUAUGUAAAGGCUUUCUUGAUGUCCUUACGAGAUACCCGCGUGGGUCGACUUUGGGACCAAUGCUUGAGGCAGCCACAUCGUACGUCGAGCAGUUGGCCAUCGUCUCAGAGACACUCGCGGGGAAGGCCAAUACGACCCUUGAAGCACGGCUGCGCCAGCUCAGGAAGUACCUCCGGAAUCUUGUUGAGGAUGGCUGUGAGGAACCUCUUCCUAUUACAGCCCAUUUUUUCCGAGUUCACCUGAAGGUGUUGCUCAAACAAAAGGUCUCCCCAACGGCAAUCGAGGCUGCCUUUGAGGUCGUCAACUUUGCGAAGCAUGUUCUGGGAGUUACAGUUGAGCCAUCUACGUUGGACACCCCGUGGGCACGUGGUAUCCUUCGGGGUGCCCGCCAGGAUCGACCUCAGCGAAAGCAGGCCCGUGCAUUGACAGUACAGGAGCUGCUGCUUCUUGAGGCUUUUCUUAGAGAUGCAUCUGCACGUAUCGAGGACAGGUACGCGUGUGGGUGCUUCCUCUUUUGCACUUACGCGCGGGCACGCUGGGGUGAUGUCAUUUCUGUGUCGCAGUUCCUUCAAGAUUUCAUUAAUGAUGGUGGCACAGUUUGUGGUGGCUACGUGGAACUACAAAGUCACUCGCAUAAGCUGCGCAGGAAACAUGGCGCUAUGCCACUGGUGGCACCUGUUUUUGGUGUUGGCGCGACUCCAUGGGCUGUUGAGUGGUUGAAGGUCUCUCAGACAUGUGGCUGCCCCCUGCAGGCCAUUGGACAAGAUCAUGUUGCACUCCUGCAGCUACCCUCCGUCGAUGGCGGGUGGAGCCAUGAGCCUUGUGUUACGAAGGACGCACGAUGCUGGCUGCGCUCUCUUUUGGAACGCCUGGUUGGGCCGCUUUUUCCUUGGUCGCCACCAGGUGCACAUUCGAUGAAGGCGACCCUCUUAGCCAUGCUUGCAAAAUUUGGAGCUUCUGAGGCCGACCGCCUCGUGCUGGGCCACCAUUCUGACCUCACCGGCAGUUUGGCGGUGUACAGCCGUGACCUGCAGGCAAAACCCUUGCGGGCCCUGGAAGCCUGCCUUGCCGCUGUCAGGGCGAAGACAUUUCUGCCAGAUGUUAGUCGCUCUGGGUAUUUCCCAGUCUCGCGGAGUGUCUCAGGUGGGGAGCCUGUCGUGAGUGACACCUUACCGGGAAGCAUCCUGCCUGGUGUGCCAGCAGAAGUUUUCGGCCCGGCUGGCCUUUCAGAUGGCGCAGCAAGCUCACGAGUUCGGCUGGAAGCGAGCACUGAAGAUGACGUGGGACCUCUUGAUGGUGACGAUUUGGAUGGCCCCAUUCCUUCUUGUGCUGAACCUGAGACAGACCUUCCAUGCGAUGUCCCUGCUAGUUCAGAUCCCCCGCUUCAAGGUGGGAUCGACAGCACAGACGAGAGUUCUUCCUCAUCCUCGUCGGAUUCGAGCAGUGACGCUGGCGAGGGUCCCCAGGCAAAUGCCCCGCCUUCGACCACCUCCGGCGUGGCGUGA